AUGGUUCUAAGUAAAAAAACUAUACAAGUGGCACGAGUUGAUCGUCAUCGAGCACCAGUCUCGUCAUUUGUCGAUAAGCAGAAUGUUACGGUUCGUCAUUCGCAAUCUCGACCAACCAUUCGCAAAAUCCAUCGUAAACAUCAUCGUUCAUUAUCACAAGAUCAAGUAGCUCUUCUAAGAAAAAGACAAGCACAAAGAGUUGAGCCACUAUUCAAAUGA